GGGUAACAACGAGUGCGUGGAGUGGUCGGUUCUGAAACGUCGGAUUUACUUCAAUAGCGUGAAACCAUACAACUAAGUAAUUUUCAAAUUAAUAAAUUUUGGAAGAACAUUUAGUAAAUUUUAUUCAAAUUUUGAAAAAUGAUUAAAACCAUCUUGUUGGUUUUAUUAAUCGUAUCAAUAUGUCAUGGAGAUACGGUAAAAACAAAACGAAGCAUCAACCUAUCAGCAUCUUAUGCCCUCAUCCCUGAUGAACGCCUGUCAAAAGAUAUUUCACCUAAUGGCUAUGAAAUUGACUUAAGACCUAACAUUAAGGAUAAUUCAUUUUCUGGACAUAUCAAAAUGAAUUUAAGUUGGGGUGUGCCUACUCGAAAAAUUUCUUUACACGCACAUUAUGAUCUACAAAUAAAUGAUAGAUCCAUAAAACUAUCUAAGCAAACGUGGGACAAUGGUGAUUUUAAAAUAGAGAGCAUUCCAAUUCUGCGGGGAGAUCGUCUGCCAAAGAAAACUAUAUUCGUCGUUUAUCUGAAAGACACAUUAAAGGAAUGUCAUCAUUGCGAGUUAAGCAUGGAUUUUGAAGGGGGCAUAUGGAAAAGUAAUGAUGGUAUGUUCAAAGGUUCAUACAUCGCACCCGAUGGAAUGGAACGUUUUUAUCUGGCUACAUUCAUGAGACCAAACAAUGCUCGCAGACUCUUUCCUUGCCUAGAUGAACCCGGUUUCAAGGUUCCAUUCAACGUAUCAAUCUCAAGACCAAGAAACUAUGUCACGCUAUUUAAUACACCAUUACUUAGGACAGAAGAACUGAGACCCAAUUCAGAAUUCGUACACGACUAUUUCGAAAUCACUCCAUCCAUGUCAACAUUUACGUUCGGCUUUGUAACGACACAAUUGGAACAAUUUCAAAUGCAAAACGAUGUGUCCAAAAACUACAAUAAAAUACCUAAAAUAAACAUAUGGGCUUCGAAAGAUUUACACCACAAAUUGGAGGAAGUUCAUAAGAAACUGGUCACCAUAUACAACCAUUUGGAAGAGUACUUCAAUAGCUCAUUGCCACUGAAAAAAAUUGAUGUUAUUGCGAUACCAGGUCUUUCUCUCAUGCAACCGGCGGACAAUUGGGGCCUUAUAAUGUUUAAAGAGCGCGAACUUCUCCAACCAGGCUAUUAUCAUAUCGCUCAGGAAUUGAUUUAUCAGUGGUUAGGAUCUUGGAUAACACCCUAUUGGUGGGAUGAUGCCCAUGUAAACAAAGCCCUUGCAAGCUUUCUUGCAGCAAAUAUAGUCUUUGAGAUUAACAACGGUAGAGAAUUUAAUGGGAAAUAUCCAAUGACUAUAUUAUAUUCCCUUUACUAUGAAUUCAGUAAAAGAUAUCCACACUCCCGCAUCACUGGUAUGAAACAAGAAACAACGUCAUAUAAAACUGAACUUGUUAUGCGAAUGUUGAACUACACAUUGGGCGAUAAUUUAUUCCGCGAGGGAAUACGAACAUUUAUUUUAAAACAUCAAUAUGGAACAUUUCGAGAAUAUGAAUUAUGGGAUAUUCUAACAAAACAAGCCUACCUAGACAAUACUCUGAAUCUGGAAUAUAAUAUUUCCGAAAUAGUAAAAUCAUGGAUUAUAAAGGAUCGCUUGCCGGUAGUCGAUGUUAAACGAGACUAUGUCGAUAAAACUGCUCUUGCAACACAAAAGGUCUACUUAAGAGAAAGACCUCAUGACGUUCCAGAACGGGAUAAAAUGCUAUGGUGGAUACCACUUGUUGUGGUACAAGAGAAUGACAUAAAUUUCUCAAACACAACGCCUGUAAAGUGGCUUGCAAAUACAAAGACACAAAUUUUAGAAAAUCUACCAGGUGAUGACAAGUUCGUCAUAGUUAAUCCUGAGGAAAUAGGCCCGUUCCCUGUAAAUUAUGAUGUAAAAAAUUGGAAUCUACUCUCGAACUUUUUGCAAACCUCAAAAGGUCUCAGCGCUAUUCCAACAUAUACAAGAGCUAAGCUUUUACACGAUGCCUGGAAUUUGGCAUACGCUGGAGAUUUAAACUUUGCCUCCGCAUUAAACAUGACACUUUUUAUGAAGCUGGAACGUAAUCAUAUUGUGUGGAAUCCUGUAUUUACAUUUAUAGACCACAUUGGAAGACACAUAGAUAAUUCGAACAUCCAAGAAAAAUUCCAGAACUAUGUUAUACAUCUACUUACACCCUUAUACCUGGAAAUGAAUGAAACUACCAUAACAGACGAAGCUAUGUUUGAUUUGAAAUCUAUGGCUGAAACUUUCCUUUGUCGUGCUGGGUACAAGCCUUGUGUACAAGAAGCUCGGGAAGCAUUUAAAUUGUGGAUGGAUAGUCCUAACCCAGAUGAACAAAUUAUGGCUCCCAACAAAUUUAUUUGUCCCAUUUUCAAAUGGGGUUCUAUGGAAGAAUGGCAGUUCGGUCUGCAUCGUGUUAUAAAUUUUCCCAAGUCAAGAACACAAAGCGAACGAACAUACUUGCUAAAAAAUUUAGCCGGGUGUCCUGUACAUUCUGAAAAAAUUGCACAACUUCUGAACUUAACUAUCAUCCAGGGAAACUCCAACUUCACGGAAAACGACAUAUUCCUCAUAUUUAAUAUGCUCAGUUCUGGAUCUUGUGGAUACAAGGCCCUGUUUAACUUUUUGUCGGACAACUGGUCUUUUGUAAGACAAAGAUUUGAAACCAAAACUAAUUUGUGGGAUAGUAUGGUGGGUUCAGCCACUAGGAUGUUUACCACCGAAGAAGGAUAUCAAAUGGUCAAAAAACUGUACGAUCAACACAAAAAUGAGUUUGGAAGUGCACUUCACAUAAUUGAAAAAUCUAUGAGAAAUAUAAAGGAAGAAGUCAAAUGGAGUGACAUCAAUCUUCCGGUCAUAGAAAAAUGGUUAACAGAUUAUUUGGCGACCUCAGAGUAAAGGAUAAAAUGUUACCUUAGGACAAAUGGGCAGACAAAUUAAAAUACAAUAUACUUUGCGUUUUGAUUGUAUCGUUUAUAAUAUAUAUAGUACUAUUUGACCCAGUUAACGUUAUUGACAAUUAGUUUUAGGGUUUAAUGCAUAUUUUUAAAAAUAAAAUAUUCUAUUUGGGCUUUUUGUUUGAAAGACAUAUA